CAUCAGCUACACCGGAUUACUGUGUUUAACUGUGGAUUUAGUGGAGCAGCACUGAAGGGGUUUGGGGGAGCACUGCAGCGUGGUGUUUGUGUGUUUAAAAUCGGAUCGGAAAGAAGGGGAAGCGCUGCUCGGUGUUUAGCUUAAGCAGGGCAGCUGUUGUUCGAGAGGGAGUGGAGAGGAGAGGAAAGGAAAGGAGGUCUGUCAGGUCUGUUCCAUGAGGCAUGAUCAUUUUAAAGGAACUCCAUGCAGACCUGAGACCUAGUGUGCUGAUGCCCGUAGGUGGUGGCAACCAAAGGACUAAGGAUUUUGGAUGGUCUCAGUGGGAUUAGAACCUGGUCUCACAACUCCACCCUCAACAAUGCUUCAAACUUAAAAUGCUCGCUUGGUGAGAGGUCACCAUGACGAGCCUAAAGCGGUCACCUUCUGAACGUCCUGCUCUGGGGAUGGUCCAUGCCUCGGAAGACUUCUACACCCGUCACCUAUCUCAGGCCAACGGUGGAGCAUCCCAUCCGCGACCAGAAAACACUUAUCAAACAGGGGGUAUGCCUGGAGUACCGAAAAUGGGAGUCAGAGCUCGAGUUGCAGACUGGCCACCUAGAAGGGAUGCAAGAACUCCGUGGCAGACCAGUGUGAAUGUUGAUACAGUAGCUGGGCCGGGUAAUUAUCCUAAACUUGGCACUUUAAUUGAUCCCCAAGAUUCAUUAAUGCUCGAGAGCAUCAACAGGACACUACAAAGCAAGAUUAAGCUAGCCAAUUGUGGAAGCUCUAUGGAGGCGAACUUUCUCCACGUUGACCACAACAGAGGAUCCUCACACAAGAACACUAGACGCAUUAGGCAGCGUAGCAAUAGUGACAUGACCCUAAGUGAACUUGACGGCAGUGGCGACAGUGGGGAGGACUGGGGAUCUGUAGGGACCAAGUGGUCCCCAUUGCACAGGGAGUACGGAAGCACCUCCUCCAUCGAUCAGCAUGCCGUGGCCUCCUCUGAAGCCUCGAGGAACAGCUUCUUUGAGAUGCUAAAGGGCUACCAAGAGGAAAAGCAAGACCAGCGCAGUCCAGCACCCGAAAAACUUGCAGAGUUGCUAACGGUUUCGAACACGAUUCAGGAUUCGGUGGACUCCGGAGAGGACGUAAAAGACGGCCCACCUUCUAAUCGGUUGAGGGACCGAGACAAACAUCCAAAGCGACGAUCCAAAUCCGAGACCGGGGGUGAAUCUAUUUUUAGAAAACUUCGCAGCGUGAGAGCAGAUAUGGAUUCCCCAAAGGUCGGCUCUGAUGCGGAGGAUGGACGUCUUGAGGAUUCCAAACCUACUUCAAAGCCUUGGGUCUGCCAGAAAGCUUUUGCACACUAUGAUGUCCAGAGCAUGCUGUUCGACCUAAACGAGGUGAUCCAAAACAGACAGAACUCUGCCGCCAAAUGCAAAAACACUACGUCUGGUGCCUCUGCUGCUUCAGCCUUUUCUGCCUCAGCUACGUCCACCUUAUCUUCGACACACAGCCUGCCCUACAGCUCUCCUGGUGGCAGCCAGGAGGAACUCAAUGCUCGGGAUAGUCCAUCGUUAGAUACCGCUGAUGAUGAGUGCGAUGGUCUGGUUCUGAAGUGUCCUUGCUUCUGUACUGAAACUGGUGGGGACAUAAGAAACAGGUUUGGACUUGCUCAGUCAGGUGAGGCGGGUACUGGAGGUUCCCGGGUUGCUGGGAAUGACGAAGCUACUCUAAGCCUUCACUGCACCAAUGCGGGCGUUGCUGUUGUUGAGGGUCCAAAAGAUGCAUCCAGCUUUAUUGAUCGGGACAAGCAGUAUGUUAUUGAGCACGUAGAUCAUGGAGCUUAUUAUUACAGGAAGUUCUUCCACCUCAGAGAGUACUGGAACUACUUUGGUAUGGAUGAUAUGUUGGGCCCUGUGGCAGUAAGCGUAAGGAGGGAGAAGCUGGAGGAACACAAGGAGCAUGGCCAGCAGUACAACUACCGCAUUAUAUUCAGAACCAGUGAGCUGACCACUCUGCGGGGCUCGAUACUUGAAGAUUGUGUUCCUUCCACUGCUAAGCAUGGUACUACUCGUGGCUUGCCCCUUAAAGAAGUGCUGGAGUUCCUUUCGCCAGAGCUGGAUAUCUCGUGUCUGCGACUUGCCCUGAAUACACCUAAAGUCACGGAGCAGCUGAUGAAACUGGAUGAGCAGGGGCUCAGUUUCCAGGUGAAGGUGGGUGUAAUGUACUGCCGGGCAGGUCAGAGUACAGAAGAAGAGAUGUACAACAAUGAAAUGGCUGGUCCUGCAUUUGUAGAGUUCCUGCAGCUUCUGGGAGAGAAAGUGCGAUUAAAAGGGUUCAGCAAGUACCGAGCCCAACUGGACACCAAGACUGAUUCCACAGGAACACACUCACUGUACACAGCGUACAAAGACUAUGAGAUCAUGUUUCACGUAUCGACCAUGCUGCCCUACACUCCUAACAACAAACAACAGUUGUUGAGGAAAAGGCACAUUGGGAAUGAUAUAGUCACCAUCGUCUUUCAGGAGCCUGGAGCACAUCCCUUCACCCCCAAAAACAUCCGCUCACAUUUCCAACAUGUCUUCAUCAUCGUCCGUGUUCACAAUCCCUGUUCUGAAAACACCUGCUACAGUGUGGCAGUCAGUCGUUCGAGUGAUGUGCCCUCUUUCGGCCCUCCCAUCCCUAAAGAUGUGACUUUGCCCAAAUCCACUGUGUUCAGGGAGUUUCUCCUGACGAAGGUCAUCAACGGCGAGAACGCCGCACACAAGUCCGCCAAGUUUGGCGCCAUGGCUACACGCACACGUCAGGAGUACCUGCGGGACUUGGCCGAACGCCACGUCACCACCACAGCGGUGGAAUCGUCCGGAAAGUUUCCCUUUAUCUCACUGGCACACAAAAGGAAAGAGAAAAUGCGCCCAUAUGCCGGGGCAGAGCUUCGCAGCCUGGGUGCAGUCACAUGGGCGGUGCAUUUGGAGGACCUGGUGUUGGGGUCGGAACGAGAGGGACUGCUAGCCAUCUCCAAUGAGUUUGUCAUUAUUCUUGACCAGGUGGCUAAAUCUUUGGCGUUCAACUGCUACGCGAGGGACGUGAUUGGCUGGUCUUUGGGUAGUCCUGCCUCCAUGAAGAUUUACUAUGAGCGGGGCGAGAGUGUCUCACUGCGAUCAAUCAACAACAACACAGAGGACUUCGGUGAGGUGGUCAAACGCUUGGAGCUGGUGACCAAGGGCAGUCAGACGCAGGAGAUGACCCUAAGAAGAAACGCUCUAGGACAGCUGGGCUUUCACGUGAAUUUUGAGGGCAUCGUGGCUGAGGUGGAGCCCUACGGGUACGCCUGGCAGGCCGGCCUGAGACAGGGCAGCCGAUUGGUGGAGAUCUGCAAGGUGUCUGUGGCGACACUGUCACACGAACAGAUCAUUGACCUGCUGCGCACCUCGGUCACAGUUCGAGUGGUGAUCAUCCCUCCUCACGAAGACUCCACUCCACGCAGAGGAUGCUCGGAGAUAUACCACAUGCCACUAGUGGACUACAAAAACCACAAGGAGGGGAUGCCCUAUGAGUACAAGUUCCCCUUUUGCAGCAAUAAUGAGAAGUGGCCUCGACCCAGCGCUCCACCACAGACUGUGGUUUGCACUUCCCAGAAUCGCAACGUAAAUCAGGGUGCAAUGGUGAGCAAGGCCCAGACCUCAGACUACGCAAAAAGAUCUACAGUCCUCCCUCGCAGCGUGUCCAGUGAAGGGCGUCCACUGAAUGCCAGAAGGUCCCCUCCUGGCAAUGAUAACUACGCCCUGGCUUGUUCCAUCGUGAUGGGCCGCUCCCCGCACACCCGCAGCUCCCCCAACAACCAAUCAUUCUCCAGUGAAAUAAGUUCCAGCUCCACCCACUGGCGUCAGAAGUCCGCCAUGGAUGGCUUUAAUGCCAACCAAAGCUCCCCAUUUGCUCCUGAACGUCAGAAUCUAAAGGAGAGUGUAUGGGUUACACCAAACUGGACCAGAGUGGUGGAGGGUGAAGUGGCCAGUCGAACACCAGAGCCAUCUAUGACAAAAGUAAAGCCAGUCAUGACAAGCAUUGACCAACACCACAAAGAGCACAGCACAUCACCCUACCCCAACAUGAACUGUAAGAACGACAUGACACCGGUCAGCCAGUCCAGCAGCAGCGCACUGUCCGCUCAUAGAGAGGACAUCAGCGGCAGGUCGAACAUGGACCUGAACGGCUUUACUGCUGGAUAUCUUCAGUCAACGUAUAUUGACGGCGGUCCUGAAGCUGUGUCCAGAAAGACUGAUCCAGUUCCCGUUCCAGUCUCCAGACCUAAAGAGAAAGCCUCAGCUCACUGGGGGGAAAUCAGCUCCGCCUCCCGCAGUCAUCCUCCACAGGUUUCCCCCAGUGUGUCUGAUUCUCCUGUUCACACAGAUCAUACUGAGAAUCAGGCCAAAAGCCCACCAGACACCAGCUCUAAUACUCUCAGUGAUGCAGCGUCUCAUUCCAGCACACUGAGUUCAGUGCACUCAGGCAGCCCACCCAGCUCCAUCCAGGAAGAACAGGCUGCCUCCAGCACCACUUCCUCCCCCACACAUCCACCCCUCUCUCCCGGACCCAAGAGCUUUUACCCCCGGCAGGGGGCAACCAGCAAGUACCUGAUUGGCUGGAGAAAACCAGGAAGCACCAUCAACCCGGUGGAUUUUGGUAGCAGUCGCAAGCGGCAUCAGAGCGAUGGGCAUUUAGGCGGGCAGCCUCAACUCCGUGCCGCAAUGAAGACGUCCCAGUCCCCUCAACACACUUCCAAAUCAAGCCUAGAGGAGGAUCUAAAGAAACUCAUCACUCUGGACAGCCCUCCACCUUCCUGUACCAAAACUAAGUCCCCGUUCUCAGCGUCCACCCCAUUUUCCCGCUCCUUACAGCGGACCUUCUCUGAUGAAAGCAUCUUCAGUGGGCAGAGGGAGCUGACGACAACCAGACAGAGUGCCAACUUUUUCGGCCACUGCACCAUGCCACGUUCACCUAGCACGUGCGGUGCUACCCUGCACCAACCCUCCUACUCACAGGGUGCCAAAUCACUCGGUGACCUCACCUCCACAGAUAGCAGUGUUUUUGAGAGAGCACCACGAAGAAAAACCCAGCCGGAUCCCAGCAUCAUCCCUCUUCCUGAUGCCAGUGCAGAUAGUGGACUCGACUGGUCUGACCUGGUGGAUGCAGCCAAAGCGUUUGAAGUUCAAAGAGCAACAGUUUUGGCAGGUAAAGAUGCCACAAGGUCGGAAGCGUUGCCCUCAAGCUCCCAAAAGACUGAGCUGCAGACUUCCCUACAACAGCACAUCUCACCCAGUGAGAAUCCUGCCGCUCUGCUUGGAAAGGUCACCCAGCUGGAGUCCAUGGUGAAACUGCUGCAGGAUGACUUGAAAAAGGAAAAGGAUGUGAAGGUCUCUUUGCAAGCUCAGAUUCAGAGUCUGAGAGCGGACAAUCAGCGGUUGCAAGAGGAAUCUCACAACGCCUCAGCUAAACUCAAGAAGUUCACCGAGUGGGUUUUUAACACCAUUGACAUGAACUGACUCGUUCUGAACUUGCAGUGCCAUAAAGCAGCAAUCAACCUACUGUGUGAUUCAAAUAGAACCAAGUGAAUCAGUGACCCCAUACACAAAGUGACUCAUUAAAUGAUUCGGUUCAACUCUGAAUCCUUGCUGAGUCAGUGUCAGAGUCUUGCAUGUGCCCCUUGUCCUUAAUUUGGCAGGGUAUCUGUGCAUGCCGGUUCCCGUAGUGCCAGGUCCGACCAGAUAAACUGUUUUAUUUUCUUUUAUCUGAAGAAUUACUGUAGUGUUGGGCACAUUCGGGGAUCAUGAAAUUAUCACACUUCCUUAUUGUAUUUUGGCUUCCUUUAAUAACCUUGAUAUGUUGAGCUUUUACUCAGCCACUGAAAGCUAAAUCUUAUAAAGAUCUAAUGCUUUUCUUUUAAAGUUCAGUUCAAACUGGUUCUCAUCACAAACAAACAGAGUUUGGGAGAAUCAAACAUUUUACUCGCCAAAUUCGGAAAAAGGUUUAAAGGUAAUCUGUUCAGCUCCAGAAUGUUGUACAUUAAACUGUAGGUUCACUUUGGAACAUUUUCCUGUGUUCAAUCAGAAGUAUGUUCCACCAAGUUUUAAAGUACCCCUGAGUAGGUCCAGAAAAUAUGUAUGUCCACAUAUUUACCUGUUUUUUAAAUAUUAAAGUCUAAAAUGAUAGUGUUGCCACUAUGCUGGAACCAGAGCUGGGAUCUUAAAUACAUUGUAUCGAGUCUCAGCUCUGCCUGCCGGCUGGGCAAAGCAAACACAUGAACAACGAUUGGCCUGUUGUUCACAUAGGGGUGGGAUUAAGCCGGAUAGGGUCUCUUUUUCAUAACUAAUGCAAUUACGAUCUCUGCUGGCUGAUUGAUGGCACCUGCACAGAGAUGAGAAGAGAGUGCUAUUAGGGUGUGUCUCUCCGUACACAGUGCUGAGCUGCACCGCACUCGUUAAAGUAUAGGUGACAAGAUGCAUACGGCAUGCUGCCCACGUGUCGGAGGGGACGGGGGUUAGCUUCGUUCUCCUCAAUCAGAGCGGGGAUCGGCAUUCAGGGGUACUUUAAACCAAGAACAAACUGUUGUACACUACAUGACUACAGGCUACACAGCAGACAACUGUGCCAUGGGCUUGUUUGCUGAUAGUAGUAAGAAAAGGAACUACCAUGCUUGUCAUGUUCAACUGAAACAAAUAUUAAGAGUCUAAGAAUUUAAGAAUAUAUUUGUACGGCUCCGUUCCAAUAACAGUGAAGUCUGCCUGAUGAUCCUCAAAACUCUAACAUCUAAAGGCUUGCUUUUUUAUAUAGAAUUGUGUUAGGAUACAAAUAACCUACUUCACAUCAGAGGUACCCGUGGACGCUGAGACUCGUGGUGCAUCAGAACCUUCUGCUUCUUUGAACUGACCACUUUGAAAUAUUUAAAAGGUCAAUAGAAAAGAAAAAGCAGAUAACAUAAUUCACCAACUUUGUGUUUGUUGACCUACUAACUGUCUACAGUUCCUGAUGUAAAGAUGAAUACUAGAUUUUACUGACUGGUGCCAUAUGGUGAAUAUUUAUAUCAUUUUGUGUAUAACUGCAAAUAAAUACGAUCCAUUUUAUUACCACUAAAAGAACAUUUAUUUUAAAAAUAUUUAUUUGUUGGACACCGGUAUUUUAAGAUGUACAGGCAUGAAUGCUGUGUGGCUGUAAGUAAUAUCCACCUGAAAGUUGUAUUUUUGUUCAUUUUUUAUUAUUUUGAUCUAUUGACGUGUUGGGAAAAUACCACAUAAACUUGACAACAUUUGGAAUAUUAUAUGGUUGUUGUUUUUUUGUUUAUAGAGCCAAUAGGCUUUAAAAAAGCUAGCAAUUUUUGUUUUCUUUUAUGACAUUUGUUACUUGUUAUAAUAAUGACACAUCUUUGUCAUAUUUGUUUGUGUUUUUUAUCUUUAUAUUGCUCUCCUUAUAGAGCUUGUUUUCUGUUGUCUGGAUUCUGCCAUACUCUCCGCAGACUUUACUGAUGCGUCUUUCCUGUUGGAAACUGUUGAAAACUGUUUUUCCUGACAUACUGUAGCAUAUAAUAUUCUCCUCAGCCUUUAACAUGUAAAAAACGUUGAUUCCAAUAAAGAUAUUUUGGGCAUUUUAA